AUGACUGUCAAGACUAUCAUGACUGCUUUUAUAGCAGCGCUCUUACUGGCAGGUUCUGAGGCCGGUCCAUGUAAACCGAGACCCAGGACGACUAAUAUCUUGACUACGGUGGAAAUCACGUCUUCUUCCACCAAGGCAACAAGUACUACUGAGGCAGGUCUCUCAACGACCGACAUUUCCUCUACUGGUUACUUGAUCUUUACUACCGACCAGGCAGAGAGCACCAGCGAGACGUCGACUGAGUCAAAGGAUACUACUACUACUCCUGCUCCCGUGAUUUCAACAACGGAGACCUCCUCAAGUAUAACCCUGACUUCGUCUGUUAUCGAGAGCAGUGUGGAGCCAACCGCUACAACAGAAGACGCUAUGACUACUGCGGUUUCAAUUACUUCGACGGCAGAAUUAAGCUCUACUAUCAUCGAGAGCCGCGCGGAUACACCAACCAUUUCAGAGGACACUACUGCUACCAUUAUCGCUGUUUUAACUACAGAGGUCUCUCUAACCAGAGAACUGACCUCUGAGACGAUUGAGAGUUGCACUGAGGAAUCCACUACUACAGAAGCCUCUUUCAUUACCACACUUUCAACUUCGGCUCCGGAACUAAGCCUUACUGUUAUCGAGAGCAGCACUGAAGUAUCCACCGUUACAGAAGACGCCACUACUACCACCAUUUCUGCCCUAGAAACCUCUUCAGCUGUAGACAUUAGCACCACCAUUGUCGAAAGUAGCACCGAGAUAACAACCUCGUCACAAGAACCCACGGCUACAGUGUCUAUCUCAACUACAGUGCUAAUCCCCACCACCACCGAGAGUACAACAACUUCUGAAGUCACCACCACGACUACUACGGAAGCAGCUGGUCCUCCCACGCUCGUUAAUCUUGGGUUCGACGAUACUACAGAGCCCUGGUCUGUCACACAACCCAAUCUCGUCUCACUAUCCCUCGACAACAACAUCAAGCACGAUGGCAGAAGCUCUGCGCGCAUGAGCUUCUCCACCGCCGGCGGGUCGACAAGCUACAUCUCCCAGGCGUAUUCUUCGCCUGCUCAAGCUGGGGUUGGAUAUCCAGCUUCCGCGUGGGUCCGCCCUGGACCUGGAUGCACCAUCGCGGUGCUGGGUUGCGCUUAUGGCAAUGCAGGAUUAUUCUCUGGGCGGCGAACCCUCGUCGUUACGGCGACGACAACACAGCCGGGUACGAUCAAUCAGUGGCAGGAGAUAUCGUAUACAUGUACGUAUACUCAAAGCCAGAUCGAUCAGGGUGGUUUGGCUCUCAAUAUUGGGUUUAUGUGCAUAUCAGGCUCCGAAGCCUGGAUUGAUUCGGUUACAUUUUCCGGACAAUAA